AUGCCGGUUGAUGGGCAAUCGUCUGGAGUGGAACUGCCCACCCCUCCUCAAUGCCAUCUCAGACGCAAUCACCCUUCAGCCAUGACAGACGAUGUCUGUGUCUUGGAUACGGCCCAACGACGACCCCCCAACAGCUCGGCGGGACUCGAACCAAGGACAGUUGAGUGGGCAGUGGAGCCGGGCUGGCGUCCACACGUCCACAAUCGGGUGUUUGCUGGCAGCAAUCGCCUCUAA